AGGCACUGCAAAAUAAGCAGGAUCUUUAUUCUACUUCGAUGAUAGCGUAAUACUAUAAAAACCUGACCAGAUGGCAGCAACUUCAUUCCACACUGUUUGCAGCCACUUCAACCACUCCAAUCAUCCUGGCGACACGAGAAUUUUGAAACCUUCUUUCAGAUUUCAUUCCACAACACUGUUCAUCAUGAGGGGCGAUACCUUCUUCCCUGGACUCCUGCUUAUUGCCUCAUUGGUUUAUCUCACGGUGGCUUCCCCAACUUCCAGGGCAACACAGGAGCACCGCCAUGCUGACAUUGUUGUCUUGGCAAACCAACUGCCAUGGGAACUGCGUGUUUUGUACGACAUCAUCAUCAGCCCCUCCACCGAUGAGAUCCGGAGAGAGAACUACAUCUGGCGGGCGUUUGAGCUCCUCAAAUACAAGAAGUACAAGGCUUAUGUGUGGUUCUACGACUGGCUGGUGUACCAGAGCGGUUACGACGGACGCGGGCCAGGCAGGCACACGCCGAGGGGCGGCCCUGGGGGACGGACCCACCGACACGGCCGUGGCGGGCCUGGUGGACGCACGCGGGGGCACGGCGGUCCUGGACGGCGGACUCCUCGUGGUGGAAGACACCAUCACGGACGGCAUUAAGGGACCGGGGAAACAAGCGCCGAGAGCACCUAUUCUCAAGUUAUUUUUUUCAAUCUUAUUCCACGGUGUCCUCCUAUGAAUGUACAAACUACUGAAACCCACUGUGAUGGCGACGGGGAACGAACAUUGUUUCAGAAAGAACGGGAAAAAAGGAACCGUCUCAUCAAAGGCGACUGUUUUGCCAACACAUCAAAAAUGUUUUCUUCAUCUUUCAAAGCAUUCUAUAUAUCACACCCCUUUUUCCUGGGGUCGCCAGUUGUCAUUUAAUCAUUUGGUAAAAUCCCACAGCCAUGGGUUAUAUGAUUAUGUCAUUACGCAGGGAAAACCUUUACAAGUAGAUAAACAUUACUGGUAUCUUAAUGUUUAAACUUCUAAUCUUGUGAACACUUAAAACCACAGCAGGAAGUAAAGGGUAACAAUGUCUACAUUCCUUCAGUGGAAUCGGUAAGAACUAGAAAGGGAUGCACAAU